CAUGCCUAAGUUUUACUGUGACUACUGUGAUACAUAUCUUACCCACAAUUCUCCGUCUGUGAGGAAGACACACUGCAGUGGUUGGAAACACAAAGAGAAUGUGAAAGACUAUUACCAGAAAUGGAUGGAAGAGCAGGCCCAGAGCCUGAUUGACAAAACAACAGCUGCAUUUCAACAAGGAAAGAUCCCCCCGGCUCCAUUCUCUGCUCCUCUGCCUGCAGGGGCCAUGAUCCCACCUCCCCCCAGUCUCCCAGGUCCUCCUCAGCCUGGCAUGAUGCCUGUACCCCACAUGGGAGGCCCUCCCAUGAUGCCAAUGAUGGGCCCCCCUCCUCCUGGGAUGAUGACUGUGGGACCAGCUCCUGGGAUGAGACCACCCAUGGGAGGCCACAUGCCCAUGAUGCCCGGGCCUCCAAUGAUGAGACCUCCCGCCCGCCCUAUGAUGGUGCCCACAUGGCCUGGCAUGACCCGGCCAGACAGAUAA